AUGGAACUCUACUAUGAGUUCGAUUUCGAGGGAUCAACACUGAGUUUAGCAACCAACUCCACCGGUAGUUCAGUCUCCUCUACUUUGCCGUGGGGAGCUCCGAGGGAGUAUCGUGAUAACUUCUGCACCCUUUCCAUCCCCAUUGACACAAAUGUCAAACCAGGAGAAUAUGUCUUACAAAGUUUAUUUGCCGAAUUUACAAUACAAGCUGAGAGGAAGAUUGAAAAGAUCAUGGCAGAACCACUGGAAUGUCCAUUGGCGAAAUCAUUACAGAGAGGGGAGGACCCUCAGUUUGAUCAGCUGUUAAGUUCAUUGAGUUCAGUGGCUGAACACUGUCUGCCAUCGUUAUUGAAGACACUAUUUGAAUGGUAUGAUAUUCAGAAUGGUGAGAUUGCGCAGGAAGAAAGACAGAAAACAGCUGUCAAGCCAACCGGCACAGCUGCAACAGCAAAAGGAGAAAAGGACUACCUGUAUGAACGGAGAGAUGUAAGUAUUUUAAAUUAUUAAGAUUUUUUAUAUUAAUUAUUUCUCCAAUUGCAAGCAGGACCCAAUGCUGAGAAUAUUCACAUAGUUGCAGACCUCUAUGCUGAAGUCAUUGGUGUCUUGGCGCAGACUCGAUAUCAGUCAAUUGAGAAGAAAUUCAUACAACAGUUGAAAGAGCUGCGAGCGGAACCACCAAAUGUUCCGUUUACUACGCAGCGGAUCAUCAGUCUGAUCAUGGGGAUGAAGUUUUACAGAGUGGUUAUGUUUCCUGUAGAGGACUUUGAAGCUUCUUUUCAAAUGUUACACGACUGUGCUGGGUAUUUCAUGGAAGUGAAAGAUAAAGACAUCAAGCAUGCUAUAGCAGGACUGUUGGUGGAAAUCCUAGUACCUGUUGCAGCUGCUGUGAAGAAUGAAGUGAAUAUACCAGUGUUGAAAAACUUUGUAGAGAAACUCUACCCCUCCACAGAGCAAUGCACCAAGAAGACAAAACAUGUGUUGGCUUACUUUCCACUGGUUACUUGUAUACUAUGUGUCAGCCAAAAACAUUUCUUUCUCAAUUACUGGCAUAACUUUCUCAACUUGUGUUUGUCUCAUCUAAAGAAUCGAGAUGCCAAGGUGUCAAGAGUUGCAUUGGAGUCUCUAUACAGAUUGCUAUGGGUCUAUGUAAUACGCAUUAAAUGUGAAAGCAACAAUGUGACCCAGACGAGACUGCAGAGUAUUGUCAACAGUCUGUUUCCCAAAGGAUCCAGGAAUGUUAUACCUAGAGAUACUCCCCUGAACAUUUUUGUGAAAAUCAUCCAGUUCAUAGCACAAGAGAAAUUGGACUUUGCUCUUAAAGAUGUCGUCUUUGAUUUAAUCGGUGUUGGAAGCAAGACAAAGAUUUUAUUUCCAGAGAGAAUGAACAUUGGACUGAGAGCAUUCCUAGUAAUUGCUGACAGCUUACAACAGAAAGAUGGUGAGCCACCAAUGCCCUCCACAACCAGUGUUCUGCCCUCUGGUAACACAUUACGUGUGAAGAAAACCUUCUUAAAUAAACAGUUAACGGAGGAAGCUGCCAAGUCAAUAGGAAUAGCUCAAUAUCACUUGAAUAUUCAAAAAGCUUUGGAUAAUAUAUUGAGAAUAUUAGAUUUACAAGUUGGUAGGGCUAUGAUGAUGACAAACUCACAGUGCAUGAAUAAAGAACCUGAAGAUCUUAUGACGAGUGAUAAGAAACCGAAGAUUGAUUUAUUUCGUACCUGUGUUGCUGCAAUCCCCCGUCUGAUACCUGAUGGCAUGAGUAGGCAUGACCUAUUAGAUUUAUUAUGUAGAUUGACUGUACAUAUGGAUGAAGAGUUGAGAGGACUUGCUUUCACUUCAUUACAAAAUGUGAUGCUGGACUUGCAAGAUUGGCGUGAGGAUGUGCUGCUAUGUUUUGUACAUUUUAUACUGAAAGAAGUACAGGAUACGUUUACAUUGUUACUGGACAGUGCUCUUAGGAUGUUGGUGCAACUGUUAACCCAAUGGAGAAGUGCUGUACAAGGCAAAGAUGAUAAGAUGAAUAAGAUGAACUAUGAGAGAAGUCCUCAUGCCAAUGUUAUAAAUUUUGUGGAAGGCUUUGCCUUAGUAGUAUUAUGUAGCUGCCGACCUGUUACAAGAAAACUUGGUGUACUUAUACUUAAAGAAUGCAGAGCAUUAUUUACAGCAAUGGGAUAUACAAAGAUCGAUGAUGACGCAGUGAUAGACGUGAUUGAUAAAGCAUGUCCUGCCGUUGUAGAGAAUUUAUUAUCCUAUUUGCCACCUUCAGAAAAGACUGCCUUUAUAACCACACCUGUUAUAGAUUUACAUUGGGUCAUUGAAAGAUCCUUGACAGUGUGGUCGAGUAAUGAAUACAACAAUACUCUGAAUGACAGUUAUGGUAAAUCUGUCAACUCUAUAGAUAACUUUGAUGCCUGGGCCUGGUGCCUGGCUGGGUUUCUCAACAAUGAACAUUUACCACAUUACAGUCCCUCUGCUGCCAUCCAUGCUUGGCCUGCAGUGUUUACAAGACUCAUGCAGCUGCAAGCACACAUUGAUCAAAAUAACCCAGCUGAAGGGACUAACAGGCCAUCACUGCGUGGUAAAAAAGUUCUCAAUACAGAUGAUAUUAACAUUGCAUUGUGGAAGAAUUAUUUGGUAUUUGCUUGUAGCUGUGGACCAGCUAGUUCUGGCAUACCAAUUAGACCUGUCUCCCCUGAUAUAUUAAGUGCAUCAACUGAAAGCAUGCCCUCUUCAGAAAAAGUGGAUUCCAAGACAUCGCUAAACGUUACAACUGACAAUGCUGCCAGUCUAUUUAAACUUAUAGUCCCGUUAAUACGGUGUGAGAAUGCUGAAGUAAGAGACGCCGUCGUGACUGGAUUAGGAUGGUCUAGUCCCCAUGCAUUCAAAGAUUUGGUGGAUGAACUUGCACCAUUUAUCAAAGAAGGCAUUGAGAGAAAACAGGAAAAUAUGAGAAGAAAGAAAAAACGAGAUGCACUUCGAUUACAGCUAGUUCAUGUGUUUGAUUUGCUAGCUGAACAUGGUGUCUUCAAAGAAAGGUACCGUUAUCUAUAUUUCAGUAGAACUCUGUUGCAGCCAUUGUUUGGGCAACGCAAUACUUUACUGAAACAAGAUAUCAGAUAUAGUUUAUUUUUCCUGUGUGCAAACUGGUGCAGACGAUUCGGUGUCUUGUGUAUUACAUUUGAUAAGAGUGUUGGAUAUCGGGAACAGAACAAAGAAUUGGAAAUGUCAGCAUUGCAGGCAAUGGCUGCACUAGUAGUGUGUGGACCAGUAUUUGAUAAUAAUGCGCUAUCACAAGAAGGUUAUUUAUAUAACUGGUUGGAUUGUCUGCUUAACAGUACAGACAACAGGGUUCACCAACUUGGUAAAGAAACUGUUGUAUUGUUAUUGCAAAAUAACCCAGACAACCCGACAGUGUUAAACUGGGCUAUCCAUAGAUGUUAUACUGGUAGCAAACAGAUUGCAGACGGCUGUAUACAGUCCUUUGCUACCGUACUAAAUAACAAAGAGUACAGCUGUGAGUUGAUUUCAGUUUUAUGCGUCACAUUAUUCAAGACUGCUGACCCUUGCAAAGAGGUUAAAGACAUAGCAUUGAGACUACUCCAGGUGCUAGAUCAGAGAUUCUUUGGAAUAGGAGGAUGUCGACUGAUAAUAACGCUGUCUUCCACAUAUGGUAAAACCCACACAAUAUUGUCAGAGGAACUUGCCAGGUUGCAUCCUGAGCUGACGAUAGCAGUGUUUUCAGAAUUUACAGAAAGGUUUGAGUCGGCACCAGCCCAUUCCAGACAGGUUAUCCUAGAAUGUUUACUGCCUUGGUUGUCUAAUAUAGAACUAGUGGAUAACAAUGCCCCCAACAGUGAACCAUCUAAACCCAUCGCUACCAAAGAAGAUAAAGAAAUGUGCAAUAAUGAAUAUGAGAAGUGUCCACUAAGGGGAGAAGGAUGGGGAUCCCAAGAAGCAACUAACAUUGUACUUAAUAAUUUAUUUUAUGUUACUGUAGAGUACGGUGAUGAGCACCCCAGAGAAUUAGAACAGCUAUGGGCAGCUCUUUGUGUGUGCUGGUCGCACAACCUCAAAGUUAUUCUAAACUAUUUAAUGAUGAUGGCAGGAAUUCAAACCAAUCCAGAUGUACUCCCAUAUGUAAAAAGAGUAUUGGCAUACAUCGGUAAAGCUAAACCGAAACAGCUCUUGGAAGAAAUGAUGCAUGAACUAAUGUCUGCAGAGCUUGUCAACUCAACUGUUGAAAAGUUGGAAGAGGCGCCGUAUUUCCAGUUGUACAUCCCAAAGAGGGAGGAUGAGCACUGCAUAUAUGCCUCUGAGGAAUGCAGCAGUGAUAGUUCUAUCAUGGAAAAAUAUGAAAGAGAAAUCAAAGAUGACAGUGUGGCUGCUACUGUGUCAGUGCCGAGUAACAUUGAGAAAGGUCAUAGUGGAGUGGAAACACGUACAUUGAAAGGCUCUAUGUCUGCACCUGAUAAACUAGAAAGCAUGCAGAGAUGUGAUUCUAGUUUCAUCCAAUCCAGUCACAUGUCUGCAAACUGUAUUCAUGAAGCUGCCACUGUGGAAGACACCAGUAUCUUGACAGAUCCUGGCAGCAGAACAUCUAGUCUGGACCACCCUGAGCUGGAAGGAGAGGAAUUCUCCCAAGAAGACUUGCCGAAAGAUGCCUACACGCUAUGGAGGUAUAAUCUAGAAAUCCAGGGUAGUUCGCCACAGCCGCAGUCAAUACCUAUGCCAGAACAUGGUGGUUACUACGCCCCGCUAGCCGACUACAUUGCUGAUAACGGCAAUGCACAUAUUGCGCCAUCAGCUGUUGUAUACAGAUGUAAUCUUGCGAUGAUGUUGAUGACUGAUUUGGUAUCUGAAAGAUUGGAAGUAGAUUGGUCUACAGCUUUACCACAAUUAUUACAUGUUUUGUUUCUUGGUUUUGACCAUGCCAAGCCAUUGGUACAUGAACACUGCAAGAUGUUACUGGUGAAUUUACUAAUUGUCUUGUCUGGCCAUGGUGACUAUGCCCAUGUUGCUAAAAUGUUAUUGUCUAAUACCAUCACUAGUGAUCUUUAUGCACUAAGUGAACCACCAACAUUGAAGAAAACAUACAACUUUACAGGUGAUAAAGUGUGUGAUGAGGAGGAGAAUGCACAAGACCUGCAAGAUCCACACAUGAUUGGUAGUACAACAACACUUAGUGGUUUGUCUACAUCAUCUAGUGUUAGUAGUAAUGCCACAGUGGUGCCUAAUUCACCAGUUAAGACGGUACACAUUGAUGUUGGCACACUGACUAAUGUCAAGGACAGCUCAAAGGCCUUGAUUGAGUUCCUUGUCACAAGGAAAUCUGGUCCACUGUGGUGCUAUGAAGACAUCAUGCCCAGGGCGUACUCUAUUAAAAGUGCUGAACAGUUGGAGUCUUUUUUGAAGCAUGUUGUACGGAUAUUCCGGGAAUCACUCCCUGGGAAACAGGUGGAACAAAGAUGGGCUCAGGUUGCGAUACACCUGGCUUUGUCAUGUCCAGUUAGACAUUAUGCUGGGAGAUCCUUUCAGGUAUACAGAUCACUAGCUAUCCCAUUGACUUCAAGAUGGUUGUCUGAUAUAUUAUCAAGAUUGGUAGAGACGGUUGUGGAUCAUGGUGAAGAUACCCAGGGCUAUGUUACUGAGAUAAUGUUAACGCUGGAAGCAGCUGUAGACUUGCUCGCUCCAGAGAUUGUCAUUGGGGAAUUAAAAGACAUGUUCCCACCAUUGCCAGCGUUUUCCACAAGUAAAGCAGCAUUUCGUAAGAGCACUGGUAACAUCAUAGGCUUAGCCUCUAGUGAAUAUCGAUUAGAUCCACGAAAUCGAAGUGCCACUACCGGGGAAAUCAAUGCCAAGAAACCUCUGUCUAGAUCACGCAAAUAUCGAUUAGAUCCACGAAAUCGAAGUGCCACUACCGGGGAAAUCAAUGCCAAGAAACCUCUGUCUAGAUCACGCAGUGCACAGUCAUUGAAACACCUGGGUGAACUAAACAUCAUUGAUGAUAGACUUGGUGUGUUAGCUCAGAUAUUCUGGAUUGCAGUAUCCAUGUUAGAAUCAGACUAUGAGUACGAGUUUCUGUUAGCAAUAAGACUACUGGAAAAGCUUUUCAGUCAUAUGAAUUUUGGGAGAACUGAAUAUCGAGAAAAGAUUGACAAAGUAUUUGCUGAUUUGAAAUGGGAUGAGUUUCCAGGACUUCAAGCUCUUCUGCUUAAAGGUUUCACAUCACCUGCUACUAGUGAUGCUACUCUGCAAUUGGUAGGCAAGUUGACAUUAUUUACAUCUUUACAUGUGGUGGAUCCUACUGGUAUGGCUGGAUUUCCCAUGAACAUUAUAGCCUUGCUACCAAACUUAGCUGAACACUUUGAAAUGCCGGAUGAUUUCUGUAAAGAAUGUGCUGAGAGCAUUGCGCAGGUGUGUGCUGUGAAAUAUCCUAAACUUGAUUCACUGGCGACAGUAAUGGAUAUGUACAGUAAGAGAACAUAUUCCAAAGACAGGGAAUCAUGGACCUAUGCCGUGUGUAAAUAUGUACAUGAUGCAUUCCAACAACUCAGUAUAGCUAUGCUCACAUUUCUAGUUGAGGUACUUGAAAAAGGUCCACUGAACCAUCAACAAGCAGUACUACAAAUAAUUAAAGACAUUGUAUCCAAUGUAGACUUAAUGGCAGCACCUAUGCAACAAGUUAACGGCGAUCUACUUAGAGUUAUUACCAAAUAUGUCCAGGGUAAUCAUUGGCAGAAAGCACUGGAAAUUCUGCAGUUAGCAGUGAAAGGCUCAUCCAAAAUAGUAACUCCGCCAACCAGUAAUGAACAGGAGAUCAUUACAGGUGGUUUUCUCUUUGGUGAUGUUGAGAUGACCCGAAAGAAAGAACUACCAGGAAGGACUCUAGAGUUUACAUUUGAUCUCUCCAGGACACCCCUCAUGACACACAAGUUUCCGUCCAUGAUGACUAUGUCCACUACCCUUAGUGAUGAAUCAGCGACCAGUAGCAGUGAUACAGAAAGCUUGGUUACCAUAACAACAGAUUCCUGCAUUCCUCCCUCUGUUGUAUCAAUGCCAUCACAAGCGGCUGCUGAUAUGAGUUGUGCAGUUAAUCAAAAUGUAGUGUCAUCGUGUUGGAGGAAGCCUCAGCUGUCGCAGAGAAGGACUCGUGAACAUCUUGUGAGUGUAUUGAAUGGGCUAGGACAGAAUAUUGGAUUGCCGAGAAGCCCAUCAGUUAUCUUCAGCUCUACCAGCGAUAUAGCAGCUGAACGCCAAGCCAGUGUGUGUUCAUCCAGUGAAACAACAUCUUUAGUUGAUGGUCUAUCCGGUGAUACUAAACUAGAUGAAAGUGGAGGAAAUGACCACUUUGGUGUUCUCAAAGAUUUUGAUUUCCUGGAUACAGAACUGGAAGAGAAGAACGAUGAAGGGUUCAACUGGGCAGUGACUCGUCAAUCAUUGGAGAGUCUUGAUAGAGAAGGACAGAAUCUGAAAGAGCUAAAGGAUUUAUCUGGAUGUGCUCCGAGUUUGGAAGUUGGUGAUUUCAAAGAUGAGUCUUCAGAUGAUGAGGUACGAAGUAUGUCCCCAACGGAUGAGACAUUGCACGGCCCUAAUGCUCAGAUUCAGACGGCUGUUGGUGGUUUAUAUGGGUCAUCUCCCAAAGAUUCACAUUUCUUCCCACUUGGUAUGUUACCAAUGGAAUCACGAUCUAGUCCUGCACUAUCUACUUCGAGUGUGUGUAGUGACACUGAAAUGACAGACGCAAGUCCUACGACAUCACCUCACAUCACAUCGAUGAAAUCAUCUUUCCUCUACAUACCAAACGAUGAAAUGGAAGAUGUAUGGGAUUCUCACGUCAACAGUGUAAUGAGUGAUUCCAAUGCCACAUGUGCUGUGAACACAUUCCAUCUAUUUGCCAAACUCUAUAAGGUUACCAGGAGGAGGUUUUGUAAUCUAACUAGGGAGUCCUGUAACUACCUAAGUGACAGGCUGAGAGGAAUUGCCACACACUGUAAGCUGCUGGAGAGGCACAAGUUUGUUGUGUUGGAGAUCCAGGAACAUUAUGAUACAUAUAUCAAGAAAAGAGAUUCUACUGUUGAGUGUUUGGACAAUAUUAAAUCAUCUUUGAAAAUGCAGACAUUGGGUUCUCCUGCUGAUUUGGUAGAUAAUCGUAACACCGAGGAGCAGCAAACUGAGUUGUGCAAAUGUCUCUACAGUCUGCAUUUCCAGCUGCUAAUGUUAUUUGAAAGUUAUUCCAAGUUAAUCAAUUUAUUGAACACUGCCAGCAAAAAUCAACAGAUAACUGACUAUUCUAAGGAGGUUACGAUGGCAAGGCAAGAUUUGAAGCACGCUAUAACUGAAAUAGACAGCGGUAAAAUACAGUCACAUGUCAGUGAAAAUGAGACUCCACAAACGAUUGAGAAAGCUAGAGUUGCAUUGUUGGAUUGUCUCACCAGUAAACAGUAUGCAAGUGCAGUCAAGUAUAUUAGACAUUUCAGAGUUGUGUGGCCACAGAAUAUAUUUGGCACAUGUGACGAAGAAGACUUGGAUGUUUUAUUAGACAUAAGCUGUCACAAUCUGGCUGCUUCUAAAACUGGUGUACUAGUAAUCACAAGACCUGAACAUGAUUUGACAGAUGUGUGCAGUCGAUUGAUGGAUGUCAACAUUCAACUCAGAGCCUCUCUUAAAAUGCUUGAGAAUAUGGCACCAGAAAGUAAAGAAUCUGAAAGUACAAGUAACAGCGCAUAAAUACCUACCCAGCUUAGAAUGGAAUCUUCGAAGCAAUAGAAUAAAUGAUUGAUCUUUGCCGCAUUGAAUGAUUAAAAAUAAAAAAGAAGAAAGCAUUUUGAUCUUAUCCCAUCAACAUUGUCACUGUUUAAAACAUUUCACACAGCAAUGACCAACAAUCUCCAAAUUCAUGUCCACAUAUUAAAUUAUUCUUGAUUGCGCUGAUCUGAAAAUGUCACACCAUAGGAAAAUCACAAUAUAUUUGUUUUAGGGGCAAUCACCAAGAUUCUCAAUCUGAUUAAAAGCUGAUAUACCCCGGUAGGUAGAAGCCAAAGUUGCCUUUAAUCUAUACAACUAUCAAGGUACAUGCCUCAAACUACUAUUGACCAACUAUAAUCACAUUCAACAGUUCUCAACCAAUCAGCAGAUUUGUAAUUACAGUGUGGCUUGCAUUCUGGAAAGUGGCAUCUAACAUGAGUUUUGAUUGAUUGAUAAUCCUGUCAGACUUGGUCAGAUGUAGUUUAGAGGUGCAGGGCUUAGCUUCACAGAGGCAUUGAUGCCUAAUAAUUUGCCAUCUUCGUUUGAAAAUGGACGUCCUUUUAACUUUAAAGCCCAAGUAGUGUGUAUGCACACCUGAGAACAUCUGUUUUUUAAUGAGAUUGUGGAGCCCUAUACUUUAUAUCAGUUAAAAAAAGACUUAGUCUUAUUUAUUAUGUUAUAUGGACCAUUCCAACACACCUUUUUUCUGAUAUUUGAGUAAUCCAUCCUGUAUAAUCUGCCAAAGAAU